AACAUGGACUACACCAAACUUUGAUCACGUCUGUUAACCAGCUCCAGGAAUACGCUCAUAGCACUGUGGAACACUCUUCUUGCAUUUUCUCACACGCUCUCGCCCAGAUUUCUUCCUUUUGCAGACUUCUGCGUGUCCCUCUGGUGCCGUGAGCUAACCCCAUUCCGCCGUCAGCACGUGCGACCAACCUGCUCUGAGAUCGACAGACUGCCUGGCGACGGCGUUCCGACCAUAAUCCGCCUUAUAUCACUCUGAGGUCGUUAUACUACCAACAUUCGGGAAUGCCUGGCCCUCCACCGCCUCCUCCGCUGCCUGGAAUGGGCCGGGGAGCCGGCGGUCCUCCCCCUCCACCUCCUCCACCACCAGGAGGCUUGCCAUCCAAAAAGCAGACCCAAGGCGCAGGAAGAGGUGCACUUCUCAGCAGUAUUGAAUCAGGAACACGACUCAGAAAGGUCACCCAGAUCAAUGAUAGAUCUGCUCCAAUACUGGAAAAGAAAACGAGCACGGUUGCGCCAGUCAUGGGAGCACCUCCAGUUCCAGGAAUGAGUAAACGCCCUUCACCCGGCGUUCCUGGCGGAGCACCUCCACCGCCUCCAGGCAGUCUUGCUCCGCCUGCGCCGAAUCGAGCAAGAAGCAACAGUGACAGCGGAGAUACGGGUGCUGGAGGCGGACCUCCACAGCUGGCAGGGCUGCUCGCAGGAGGUAUACCAAAGCUACGGAAAACAGGCGGAGCAGGGGUUGACACGGGAGCUGAUAGAAGCUCACCGUACAUGUCAGAUCCGGAAUCAACACGAAGCUCUGCUCCACGUCCGCCUAUAGCGACGCCACCACGUCCUCCUGCUGCAGCACCUCCACGCGUUCCUGGAGCACCGCCUCCGUUGCCUCCUGGUACAGCACCUUCUGCACCCGUCGUACCCUCAGUAGCAAGUCUGAGAGGCAAUUUGCGAGGCGCGUCUGUAUCCAUGGUUGAUGUUUCAUCGAAACCCAAGCCGCCCCCCCCCGGCAAAAAGCCCCCUUUACCGACAUCUCGAAAACCUUCAGGACUUGCUCCUCCACCCCCUCCGCCGGCAAGUUCAGCACCUGCACCCCCUCCUGCCCCCCCUUCGGCGCCCCCUCUUCCUCCCUCGGCACCUCCUGUUCCAGGAUCCGCAGCUCCUCCGCCGCCCUCUCGGUCGACACCACCACCACCUCCUCCGAGCUUGCCACCUAGCACUUCAAAUGGCGCGAACAGCUUGGCAGCGCAAGCAGCGCGAAACGCAUUUAACCGCUCUGCAUCCACUUCAACUCCUUCAGUACCCCCGCCACCUCCACCUCCUCCUGCUUCUGCUCCGAACCCGCCUGCUCUUUCAUCGCGCAUACAAAAUGUCCAAGACGACCAGGACGAAUAUGAUCCGUAUAACUACUCGAAGCCGGCUCCAUCACCGCCUUCCUCGGCACCCAGGGCUCCUCCCGCCCCCUCAUUACCUCCUCCGCGACCCUCUUCUCAAGCGCCUAGUACCCCAGCUCAGCCUCCUCCCCCGCCUCCGCCUCCUGAGGCGCCGCUAUCGCGGAACACGAGCUCAAGCACCAACAAGAACCUUGAUGUCUCAUCAGUGCCUCGGUCGCAAUCCGGAGUGCAGCAGGCGGAGGGAGCAGCGACAGCAAAGGUGGCUUCUAAUCUACUUCAAACCAACGCCUCAUCCUAUACUCUCACAAACGGAGGGAACAGAGACAGUCGUGCAGGCUCUCUUGCAUCGCCUCCACCCACUCGUAGCCCGGGCAUCAUAAGGAUUCAAGACGCAAGGUGGAAAUUCCAGGAUGAUUCGGCGCUACCCAAGCCGCGUGACUUCCGCGGCGUUCAGAAGAGGUACCGUGCCGGACGUGUGAGCAGCGUGCCAUUGGACUUGAGUGCCUACCAAUGAGGCACGGGUCUGCCAUGACCAUUGUCGUCUCUCUUUAGUUAAGGAAAAUGAAAAGAUUUGAGUUCGACAAUGCUAGUUUCGACUGGAAUCUCAAUGUAGAAAUCUUCUUUCUCCCAUUAAUCGCGCGUGUCUUUUUU